AAUGGAAGAAAUCCUCCAUUUUUUUGGCGUCAGCCGCUAAUUAAAGCCGCGCUUGAGAUAGCCGCUCCAGUUAUUAUAGAACUCAAUGGAUACAACUAUAUUCAUACGUUAAGAUAAUUUUCAAAUUUUCAAGUACUUCGCCGUUUCGUGAAACAUGGAAGGCAAAAUUGACUUAAAUUUGGACAAAAAGAUCCCCUUCAAGAAUUACGAAAUAAUUAUCAAAAGGAAUAUUCACAAAAUUAUUCCAGAAUGGUCGGACAAAGAGUUACUGUUUAAAGAAUUUACGGAAGGGAUAAGCAACAAAUUAGUCGGUUGUCGACCUCAAAACAGCAGUGAUGAAGAUCUUGUUAUAUUCAGAUUGUAUGGAAACCAAACUGAGCUUUUUAUAGAUAGAAAGCAAGAGUUAUUAAAUGUUCAGUUCCUCUACUCAAAAAAUAUGGCCCCUAAGUUAUAUGCAACAUUCGAGAAUGGAUAUUGUCACGGUUUUAUAACAGGGCGAACACUUGGAACGAAAGAGAUGUCUGAUUCACAUUUCAGUGCUCUCAUUGCAAAGAAAUUGGCUCAUCUUCAUUCCAUUGAAUUACCUAGUAAUUUCAGGUCAAAUGGACCGUGUGUGUUUAAUACGAUUGAAAAGUUUUUGAAUGCAUUACCAGAAAGAUUUCCUGAAAGUGUUAAACAAGGCAGGUAUGAAACAGAAAUUCUCAGCCAACUAAAUGUGGCAAAUGAGCUAGAGUUUCUCAAAGAAAGAUUGAAGGAUUGUGAUACUCCACUAGGAUAUUGCCACAAUGACUUGCUUGAAAACAACAUUAUUUACACAAAGGAAAAAGAUGACGUGUCGUUUAUUGAUCAUGAGUAUGGUACAUACAACUACUGUGUUUUUGAUAUUGGUAACCAUUUCAAUGAGUUUGGAGGUGUUGUGGUUGAUCCUGAUUAUAGCUUGUAUCCUGACAAAGAAUUUCAGAUGAAAUGGUUAAGAAUGUAUGUCAGCGAAAAAGCUAAAAUACAAGGAUGUGAUGAUUUGAGGAGUGAAGAGGACAUUGAAUUGUUACAAGCUCAAGUCAACAAAUUUUCUGUGGUAUCACAUUUGCUAUGGGGAGUGUGGGGAUUGCUUCAAGCAAACUUCUCGACGAUUGAUUUUGAUUUCUUGGAGUAUAGCAACAAUCGUCUUAAAGAAUACCGUCGUCGCAAAAAAGUUUUAGAAUGGUAAAUAUUGCUUGAUGGCGUGGAUUAGAUAUCAUUAUUGCAUAACUCUUCUUAAAAUAUUUAUUAAUCUAAUGCCUAUCUGAGCUGUUUUAUGGAAUUAAAAUCUUCUAAUAAAUGAAGCAAACGCUUGAAGCAAAGUGUAUAUUGUAGCUAUACGUGAAGUAAUGUAGAUAUUUAGUGUUUUUAUUAAUUCUUCGAUCAUAAGAAGGAAAUUGUUGUAGCGGGGUUUGCACAAAAACAAGCAAUUUGGAAAAGUUCCACAUUUCACAUAAAUAUGUUACGUAGUAUA